AAUGAUUCCAUUUCGUUUUGAAAUUUUUAUAUGUUGUUGAUAUAUAAUUUAAUUUAAUUAGGAGGAGGUGGCGAGGCAUCGGGCUCGAUUUGGGCCCUCGUUUUUUGAGUCGGGCGCCGGUUCUGGUGGAAGCAGACAAGAUCCAGAGUUUCAAAGGACAACAUCAGUCAGGGAGGGCGAGGGCAGAGGACGUAGCCGGAUUGCAUCUAUCCUGGGUGGUUUUGGUAGCCGAAAGAAGUCUUUCGGAGGGAUUCCACCAGGUGCGUCAAUCCAUGAUGUAGAUCCGCAUGCCUUCCCCAGAAGAGAUUCGAAGCAGCAAAGAGUAGACACAAUGUGGAAGAAGGAGAAGAAGAAGGAUAUGUGGCGAGCUAUUGGAUCCUGGUUCCACUUCAGCCACAUUCCAGCAAAUGCUGCAGACAAUACAUACUACAAGUCUGCCAUUUCUGCCAUACAGACUGCCGGUCCCGGUGUUGAUCCUCCAGGUCCGAGGGACAUCUACGGUGAGCUUCUUGACAACAAUAAGGAAGAGCUAGAGAAUUGGAUUGGUUCAUAUAAAAGCAAGUGGCCCACAUAUGGGCUCACUCUGAUGUGUGAUGGUUGGACCGGUCCGACAAAGCGGGCCAUCAACUUUCUGACAUACUGUGAUACGAAGAGCUUCUUCCACAAGUCAGUUGAUGCUUCGGAUAAGGUGCACAACGCCUCAUACAUCCUCAGACUUAUGGAGGAGGUGAUUGAUCAGAUUGGAGAGGAGAAUAUCGUGCAGGUCGUCACUGAUAACGGACCGCAAUAUAAGUUGGCCGGGCAGGUCUUGAUGGAGCGGCGACCACAAAUUUUCUGGACCCCAUGUGCUGCACAUUGCAUCGACCUCAUCCUGAUGGAUAUUGGAAAGAUCCGUAGGGUGCAACAUACGGUGGAGAUAGCCCAACGCAUCACCAGGUAUAUUUAUAGCCAUACUUGGGUUCUUUCAUUAAUGAGAAGGUAUGCAGGGGGAGAAAUUCUUAGACCAGGAGUCACACGGUUUGCUACGAAUUACAUUGCACUUGAUAGCCUUAUCGAGAAGAAAGGAGCCCUACGUCAGAUGUUUGUUAGUCCCGAGUGGCAGGAAAGUAGAUAUGCCCAGGCCGGCACUGAAGGAAGCAGGAUGGAAGACUUGGUAAGCAGGCAGUCAUUCUGGCAGCGGGCCAAUGCGAUAGUCAAGGCUAUCAAACCAUUAUAUGAAGUGCUGCGGGCCAUGGAUAGCGAGAGGUAUCCCCAGAUGGGCUUUUUGUAUCACAUGAUGGAGAAGGCAAAGGCUCAGAUCAUGGAGGCAGAUGUAGCCCAUGCCCAGGAGUACAUCGACAUCAUUGAGCGGCGGUGGGGAGCCCAAAUGGGUAGGGAUUUGCAUCUAGCAGCAUACUAUCUGAAUCCCCGGUUUCAGUACGAGAGUGGAAUUGGUAUGGAUGAUGAACUUCUUCAUGCUUUGCGUAAUGUUAUUUAUAAGAUGGAGCCUGAUCCAGAAGUCGCCGCGUUAUGUAUAGAAGAGACCAAAUUAUUUAGAGAGGGUAGCCACAGCUUUGGACAACGACCAGCUGUCGUGAGCAAGACAACUAUGAAUCCAGCUGAAUGGUGGAUUCAUUUUGGCGGAUCCGCAAAAAAUCUUAAGCGGAUAGCUAUCCGGAUUCUCUCCCAAACGGUCUCCUCGACUGGCUGUGAGCGCAACUGGUCCACCUUCGGCCUCAUCCACAGCAAACAAAGGAACCGUUUGACACAAAAGCGCCUCAACGACUUAGUUUAUGUGCACUACAAUCUACGGUUGAGGCUAAAAUGCAUUCAAGAGGAAGUGGAGCUCAAGUAUGCAGAUCCCAUCUAUAAAACUUUUACAGAUGAUGAUGAUAAUCCUAUGCUCGACUGGCUUGCGGCCCAGCAGCAGGAGCCCGAGCUUGAUGAGCCGGGAUCACCUCCACGACCAGCCAGCAUCAUAGCCACCGAGGCUAUGGUCGAUCCACAGCAAUGGGCUGAGCGCAACAUUCCACGCACUCCUACAGCUGAUAUGACGUGGCUAGAGGGGAGCCAGUCACCGCAUGACUGGUCCGAUGCUCCGGUUCAGAGAGAUGAUCCUCUCAUGCGAGGACGAGGACGAGGACGCUCUACUACCCAGUCGACUCGAUCAGGAGGGCGUCAAUCCCAACAAACAAGAAAAGGAAAGGAAAGGGCCCCAAUGGAGAGUGUCGAGGAGGAGACUUGGACCAGCAGCGAUGAAGAUUCUGGUGGUGAUGGAUCUACUAGCCAUGGAGGAAGUGGAGGACAAUAUGGUACUAGUUAUGAGACACAGCCGGAGGGAGGUUUUCGAUACACCGGUGAGUCUCAGUUUACACAUGCUACACAAGAUACGGACCACGGUAGGCCGUCUGAUAUAGGCCGGUCAGAUACCAUUGCAUAUCGAAGAAGAGCUCCUCGAGGUCGUUCAAGAGGCCAGGAUGCCGCUGCAGAUGACCUUCCAUAUGGAGUCGAAUCCAUUGAUGUAUCAAGUUCCGAGUCUUCCUAUUAUCCGCGGCCUCAGCCAGCCUAUGGAUAUGGUGCAUCAGAGUCAUCUUCCGGUAGCUACUAUCCUGCGCAGCCCGGAGGAUCUUACGGAUCGGAUUUUAGUGCCGGCAUAUUCGGAUGGGCCCCUUAUCAAGACACCUCUCAGAGCCAGAGCUUCAGCGAGAGAUCCGAGAGUUCUUAUGAUCCAACGCGCAUUCCUCGAGGAUUGAGCAUACAAGACUACAAUGCUGCUUGGUUAGAGGGAUGGGUUGAUCUGCCUCCAUAUUAUGCUGAUGAUCCAGAUAUUGACGAGAAGCAUCGCCAUUCGACCCGAUUUUAGAUAUUCGAGAGUGAUUUAAACGUAUGUAAUUGAUUGCAUCUUAAUUUGAAAAUUUUUUAUGUUCUUCAUCUCAUUAUUUGAAUCAUUUGGAAGUAAAAACAUCCAAAAAACUCCAAAAAAAAAAAAAGACGAUGGGUCGCUAAAUGUACCCUAUCGGUACGGCCUCGGUUCGGCUCGGUUCGGCAACGGUACCGUACCGAUACCGGAGCCGACCGGUACGUCGGUACCAUCGGUACCGCGAACCUUGCCACCAACUAUAAUUAGCUUUUAAGAACAAAGGACUCAAAGUGAUGAAAGACCUGAACCAGCUAAAAUUCCAAAAAUGGAGACUGCAGAAAGUAUUCUAACAGGUUUUUCUGUUGAUGAAAGUUUACCUAAUUUACAAAACAAAGCUUAAAGCUUUACCAAAAGUAACAUAGUCACGGAUGUAAAUCAAUAGAGAAUGUACAAAGAUGCAUAAAAAGGGAUAGACUCAAUUGAGACAACAUCAUCAUGUGCAACAAAUGCCAGCAGAGGCCAUGUGAGAAUUUGGGCACAACAAGCUUGCAUCCAAACAACAAAAUUGAAAGAAUAAUGUCACCAGCUUACAAACACAUGCAAUACGAAAUAUAAAGAACUUAGACCACAAAGAUAAUGAAUCAAAGGGAAAUCAAAAGCCUUGAACUCCUAAGCAGCCCACAAAAAGUCGCAAAAUCACAACAGCUCCUCCCCUAUACUAUCCCAGAAGUUGAUAAUAACUAUGAAAAUACAAAAAUAAAAUGGGCCCUAUACCUGUACCAAUCAUACCAUACCGUACUGAUAAGGCAUUGGUACGGUACCAAGGUUCAAUUCGGUAUAUGAGCCGAAUCGGUUCGUACCAAUCCGAACCUAGCAGAACCGCCUUGCACCGCUUGGUACCAACCCAUACUACCCAAUUUCGGACAGUGCCAUUGCUGGAGUGAGAAAAAAGGUCGGAAGGCUAUCUCGUAUGAGAUGCGUACUGUACCAUCCCGAACUGGUAACGUACCAGCAUGGUUCUCGAUGACAACUUUGUGAACCUUGAUUUCAACCAAGGUUAGAUUGGAGUUCCUACCAAUGCCAAUAAAAUACUCCUCCCUUGUGGCCAACUACCACCAACACAAACAAACAUAUUGCACAACUAGUUCUCAUAAGGUGCUAUUAUGGUCAAUCAUCUUGCUUACACCAUUAUGCAUAAGCCAAGAACACAAUCAAAUAGGAAAUACCCAUACAAGCACACCAACAACUUCCGUCCAUACAUGGAUUAAAAAAAUCAUCCACAUUAUAGUUCGACUACCACAUUUUAAAAAGGUACCCAAAAUUACAAGUUCCCACACAGCCUCUUCGAAAGCAAAAAUUAAAGUAAGAAAGUGGGAGCAAAAAGGUACCAUAGAAAUGCAUUUCCAAUCGAUAAAAAUCCAAAAUGCAAAAGGAAACAUAAGCAAAAGCACUUUUUGGAGAAAAAAACAUGCAUAUGAAGUUUACGAUCUCUGCUUCCACUCAAAACUCUCCUUGAAAUAUAUGUCUCCAAGCAUACAGAAAGCAACCAUGGCUCCGGUUUGAUGCCAAAAGAAAAAAGGAUUUACAAAACAAAUAGAAGAAGAGAAGAGAAUAUGUACAAGAACCAAAGGAAAGAAAACAUGCAGGUCUCCUUAGCUAAAACAUAACCUACCAAAAAGCUUAAAGUUUCACUAAGCAUAAACCUCAAAGCCCCAAUUCUACUUUCAAGUACAAUCAACAGGCUAUUUAUAGUUAAAACUCCCCAAAACCCUAAAAUAACCUAAAAUAAGCUUUUA